AUGCUCACAAUCAUAGCAGGUGCGUCAAAUCAGAAAUCGGAGAUCAAGAAAAAUUAUAGAGUGGUCAAUAUGCAGCACAAAAUGUACAUGGAUUAUAUCAACUCUCGAAAACCCGCAUUCUACGGAAACGCAAAACACCGAGAAGACUACAAACGAAGUCUACGAGAAAGCCUGAAAGCCCAGAUGCAGGAGUCGGCCGACAAACGGCGACACGAGUUCAACACUAGCCGAAGUGAGAGCAUGAAAGCAAUCAGUGAUUUCCACAGUUCGAGACUCUGCGGGUAUCCUCCUUUCUACGACGAAUCAGAUGCAAAUUUAUUCGAGCAGAUCAAAAAAGCCGAGUACGAAUUCGACUCUCCUUACUGGGACGAGAUUUCAGAUUCAGCAAAGGAUUUCAUCAAACACCUCAUGGAAAAGAGCCCGCUCAAAAGAUUCACAUGUAAAGACGCGCUGGAUCAUCCAUGGAUUUCUGGCGGUAUGGCUUCGACGAAGGAUAUCACCAGUGUGGUCACAUCGAAUAUGCGAAAGCACCUGGCAAAACAGAAAUGGAAGCAAGCGUUUCACGCGACCUCUGUCAUCCGUCACAUGCAGCGGCUGAAAGUCGAUUCGUCCGGAGCGGGGACGUGUUCAGAUUGCCCACCGGCAAGUGCUGCCACGACGAAGUGA